AUGACGUCCUUCAUCAUCAGCGACCACCUCACGCGCAAGGUGCCCCCGUCGUGGGCGGCGCAUGCAGACCCCGCCUGCCCGUUCUGCCGCAUCGUCGCGGGCGCUGCGCCUGCCUUCCGGGUGCACGAGGACGAGCGGGUGGUCGCGUUCCUGGAUAUCAUGCCGCUGCGCCCCGGGCAUACGCUCGUGGUGCCCAAGCGCCAUGAGAAGAGGGUGUCGGAGCUGCCCGCGGAGGAUGCGGCUGCUGUGGGCGCGGCGGUCAGUCGGGUGGCCGGGGCGCUGGUAAGAGCGAUGGGGAAUACGGCGCUGAAUGUGGUGUGUAACCAGGAGUACGCGCAGGCGGUUGAUCAUGUACACUACCAUGUCAUACCGGCGCCGACGUUCGAGUCUUCAAGCAAAGUAUCACCGGUUAUGAAUGAGCCGGAUAAGGGUCCUAGGGGGCGUAAGGUGUUGACGCAGAAGGAGAUGCAUCGGAGGGAGUUCGAGAAUAGGGAAGAACUGGAUGAGGAGGAGGGGGAGGAGCUGGCGAAGAGGAUCCGUGCACAUUUGUGA